GUGCCCGGUGCGGAGGAUCAGACAGCCCUGUCCCUGGAGGAGUGCCUUAGGCUGCUGGAGGCCACCUUCCCUUUCGGGGAGAAUUCGGAGUUUCCAGCUGCGGAUGUCUCCACCCUGAGCGAAGCCGUGCCCGGCGAGAGCCGGCCCGCGGGCAUCCAGACCAGCCUGCUCUCCCCUCUCCUCACCGAGCCCGAGUCGCCCUUUGAUCUGGAGCAGCAGUGGCAGGACCUCAUGUCUAUCAUGGAGAUGCAGGCUAUGGAAGUGAACAACACGACUGCGGAAACCCUGUACAACGGCACGAGCGGAGACCUGCUGACUUCUAACUACAGCCUCGCCCCCAACACCCCCAUCAAUCAGAAUGUCAGCCUGCAUCAGGCCUCGCUGGGGAGCUGCUCCCAGGACUUCUCCCUCUUCAGCUCAGAAAUCGAAAGCCCCUCCAUGGCCGGCAGCUCAGCCCUGCUCCAGCUGGCGCCAGACAACUCCACCGGCCUCAACACCACCUUCGGCUCCACCAACUUGAGCGGCAUCUUCUUCCCUCCGCAGCUGAACAGCACCGUCAACGAGACGGCCGGCCCUGAGCUGCCCGACCCGCUGGGAGGGCUCCUGGACGAAGCCAUGCUUGACGAGAUCAGCUUGAUGGACUUGGCGAUUGAAGAGGGCUUCAACCCGGUGCAGGCCUCGCAGCUGGAAGAGGAGUUCGACUCCGACUCAGGUCUUUCUCUGGAUUCCGGUCACAGCCCCGCUUCUCUGAGCAGCUCGGAAGCUUCCUCCUCCUCCUCUUCCUCCUCGUCGUCUUCCUCCUCCUCGUUUUCUGAGGAAGGAGCUGUCGGCUACAGCUCAGACUCCGAAAACGUGGACUUUGAAGACGCGGAAGGGGCGGUUGGAUACCAGCCAGAGUACAGCAAGUUCUGCCGCAUGAGCUACCAGGACCCGUCGCAGCUCCAUUACUUGCCUUACCUGGAGCACGUUGGCCACAACCACACCUACAACAUGGCCCCGGGGGCCCUGGACCCCGAGGAGCCCAAACUGCCCAGCGCGGGGAAGAAGAGCAGCAAGGAGAAGCCGUCCGAGUUCCUGGAUAAGCAGAUGAGCAGGGACGAGCAUCGAGCCAGAGCCAUGAAGAUCCCUUUCACCAACGACAAGAUCAUCAACCUGCCCGUGGAGGAGUUCAACGAGCUCCUCUCCAAGUACCAGCUCAGCGAGGCGCAGCUGAGCCUCAUCCGCGAUAUUCGGCGACGGGGGAAGAACAAGAUGGCAGCCCAAAACUGCCGCAAGAGGAAACUGGACACCAUCCUCAACUUGGAACGGGACGUCGAGGACUUGCAACGGGACAAGUCCAAACUGCUCAGGGAGAAGGUGGAGUUCCUCAAAUCCAUCCGCCAGAUGAAGCAAAAGGUGCAGAACCUCUACCAGGAGGUGUUCGGCCGUCUGCGGGACGAGAACGGCCAGCCCUACUCCCAGCUGCGGUACGCCGGCGACGGCAGCGUCAUUUUGAUACCCCGCGCCGUGGCGGACCAGCAGGUGAGGCGGCCGGAGCGCAAACAGAAGGACCGGAGGAAGUGA